AUGGACUGGAUUAUCCUUGUAUUUCUGCUUCUCUACUUUUCCCUCACACUGGUGGCGAACGUGAAGCUGAUUUUCUACUUUGAGCACGCGAACGACAGCAGCCUCACGGCGCCGGAGGUCGUUUGCAAGCUCGCCAUCCUUGCGGGGCUCCAGCUCGCUUGGCUGUUCAUUCUUGCCCUCCCGCUCGAUGCCUAUAAUCAGCACUCACCCCUCAUCGAUAAAGCAGCUGGGCACGUCACGGCCGGGCUUGACAUGCGGCUGUAUUGGUCGGUGGUCACGUGGUUCAUCAUUCUCUAUCUGCUGCUCGCCGUCCCCUUUGCGACGUUCUACUACGAGGCGGACUUUGAUCCGCGAGUCACGAAGGCUGUGCCCUGGCGCCGCGCCUUGCUCAAGACUCUGCUCGCCGUCUUCUUCACCGUUGUCAUCGUCAUCAUCGUGUACCUUCUCUGCCGCUCAAUCAGCCUCUCUUUCGACCAGGAGAUCUGCGCACAGUGGGCUGGACAAGAUGUUUCGAAGCCGCUUGCGGGCUUCUGCGAGUCGAUAGCGAAGACUGGCGCGGGGCCAGUCUCCUCCGCGCCUCUGCAGGCUCCCCAGAGUUCGAAGGGCUACUUCGCAGACACCGGCGCCGAAAAAGCGCCUCCGGGUGCGCCGGCCGUGAAAAUGCACGUCGAUGUCAGCGUCUAUCUCCUCGCGGCGAUGAGCUUUGUCGGCUGGUUCACCUUCGCGCUAUUUGGCGGCAUUGGUCUCGCUGCCCUUCCCCUCGACGCCUUCUACAACUUCCGCUAUCGGCCCCGCGCAAUCUCGCUCGGCGCCUUCAAGGAGAUUCGGCGGCAACUGGGCGAGAAGGCGAAGAAGCUGCGGUUUAUUGGCGAGGCUCUGGCGCAGGAAGAGGCUGUCCAGGAGUCGCUGUCGUGGAGAGAAUUCAAAAGAAAGCGGCAGUACCGGACAGACGUGAAUCGCUACAAGAAGGCGGUCUUUGAUUUGGAUCAAGAGUAUCGCCAGCUUGCUGUCUGCAUGCGCGAGCGCGGCGAGAACCCGUUCUACUCGUACCUGAAACUCUCCCUGGGGGUCGCGGCGCUUCUCCUCUCGAUAAUUUGGAUAGGGCACACGAUUCUCAAUUGCGUCGUCCCGCAAAUUCUUGACAUCUCGCCCGUCAAUCACGCUGUCUUUGGAUUCCUCGACGCCUUUCUCAAGAUUUUGGCGGAUCACUCCCUUGCGCUCCUCGCGCUGUUAUUCUACGCCUUCCUCGUCUGCUACCUUCUUCUCUGCGUCAUCAAGGGAUGCUUCAAAUUCGGCGCGAAUGUGUUUUGCUUCAUCGGCAUCCACCCCAUGAGGAAAGACGAAACGCACUUGAACUCCUUUCUCUUCAACGUCGUCCUCGUCCUGGUCUCCUGUGCGGCUGUCAUCCAGUUCACCGCGCGUUGCUUCCAGGGCUAUACCCAAUCGACGAUGGCGGCAUGGAUCUUCGAUGUUCAGCUGCUCGUUCUGCCUUUUUUCGGGUUUAUUUUCAAGUACAACAUCUUCAUCUAUUUUUUUGUCGCAGUUGCAUUCAUCACUGCAAUUGCCCUUCUUUGGAAACUCUGCCGGGCGCCGCCCCCGUCGGUGACGGGCUCGAAGAAACUCGAGCCCAUCAGGCCCUUCCCCUCGGUGGCCCGUCAGGCCCGCUUGACGACCGCGGAGGGGGCGGGCGACGGAGCCCAACGAGCGCCCGACGGCGGGGCGGAGGGCGACGGACGCGAAACUCUGCUGGAGGACGGUGACCACCACUCGAAGAAGAAAAAGAAGAAACGCGGAAAAGACAAGGCAGCCCGCGAAGAGGGCUCUGCGCGCGACGUUGCGGGGACCGAACGAGUGGCGGGGAGAGUGCAAUUCGCCGUCAGGCAAGUGGAUAAGAGCGACAGCGACGAUGACCGUGGAGAAGGGCAACAACCAGAAGCCAGCGACGAGGACGAAGAACUCGUGUCUCACCGGAAGGCGUGGGGGAAGAGCAGAGCCUCUCGCGUAGCGUGA